UGCAAAUAAAUAAGCACUCCUUCCUCCUGAAAGCUAGACAACCUUCUGUGGUCUCUAACCGCACUUCUCAGCUUUCAAGCAUGAGUCUUUGGAGCAAAGCAAGAGCAUUAAAGGGCCGAUUCACAGGACUGAAAAUGCUCCAGGUUUGCCCUGUUCCAGCCCGCUGGAGUUUGAUCUUUCCGGAGGGAGAACAAGAUCUCCAUCUUCUUACGGUCAUCAAGCGAAGCGUGCCAGAGUUGAAAACAUCAUCAAAGAAACGCAUGGAAACAAGAGGAGGUGAAAGCCUGAGAGAAAGCCAUCAGCCCCUCGGAGAGUUCAGGAGGAGUUUCAUUCCCAUCUGCAGGAAUGAGAAGAUUCCCAGAUGGAGUGUUUCCUCGGAAGCAUCCACAGAUGAGGGAUUUUCUAAAUCCUUCAGCGAAUCUAAAAGCAGUCAAGAUAUAAGAGAUGAAGAAUGGAAGAAGGGGAAGUCUGAUGUCAACUCCAAACCGGGUCGGGUGAAGCUGAUGGCAGAUGUUUUAAAGUACGAGCUGACCCGAGCUGUGAGCAACAGCGUAGACUCCAUUUUCAAAAGCAUGGCGCUUAUACAAAGCCCAACUGAGAUGGAGAGUUUAGGCUCUGCUUCCCAGACAGCAGUGUGCAUGGAGAGUAAAUUACGAUGUGGGACUGAAGAGGUUAAGCUCCAUGACAUGCAAACGGAAGCUCUGUCACUGGUGGUCCAAAAGCCGGAACCAGAACAGCCCAAAAACUUUACACUUCAAUCGACAUCAGCAGCUCCUCUUAUCCCCAAACCUCCCUUCUGUGUCAGCCGGCAGCCUGAGCCAUCAGUGCCACACAACAGCACAGAUCAUCAACGCCAUGCUUUUAGAUGUUUGCAGGAGGGAUGUGCUGAAGGGGAACCAAGAUUGGAGACGUACUGGAAUUCAGUUAAAGUAAAAUCUAAGGUUAACUCCAGAUCUGUGAGAAGCCCUCUCGCCAUGCCGGUGGAUCAAGUGGUUCUGGAAACCCUGCAUCUUCCUAAUGUGAAGUUAGAACCAGACAGCUUGGAGAAAAAUAAUCUGUACAUGUCUAACGAGUGUCUAACAACAAACCACCUGAAAAAAGCAAAGCUGAUGUUCUUCUACACUCGCUAUCCAAGCUCAGUGGUGCUGAGAAUGUGCUUCCAUGAUGUGCAGUUCACGCGCUGCAUCACCUCCCAGCUCAUUAAGUGGUUCAGCAACUUCCGAGAGUAUUACUACAUCCAGAUGGAGAAGUUUGCCCGGAGCGCUCUCCUCCAGGGGGCGACGGACGUGAGGGAUCUGACUGUAGGCAGAGAAUCAGAACUUUUCAGAGCUCUCAACAUGCAUUACAACAAAGCCAACGACUUCCAGGUUCCCGACAGAUUCCUUAAAGUGGCUGAGAUUACACUAAGAGAGUUUUAUAUUGCCAUUUCAAUGGGCAGAGACCGUGAUCCGUCCUGGAAGAAGACUAUCUACAAAGUGAUCUGCAAACUGGACAGUGAAGUUCCACCUGAAUUUAAAAGUCAAAAUUUUGGAUGAAACCGUGAGAAGACAUUUUUUGUUACGACAUGGACUGACUGUGAUUUAUGUCAUGAUGACCAUACAAUGUGUGUUAGGCAAUUGAAAUGUAAGAACACUUAUAGUCAGUGGAGUAGUAAUGUUUAAGUAUGUAUCUUUUACUUUUUAAUACUCAACAAAAGUAAAUUGUUUUAAAUAUUUAGAGUAUUAAAAGGAAAUAUGUAAUCUACUUGAAAGUGUGUGUGAACUUCUAAGUCCUGUUACAUGAAAACAUACACGCCUGUAAAGCCUAUUUUCUAAAUGAAUACAAAACUGAGUCCACACCAAAGAGCAAAAAUAUUUAAUAUUUUACAGAACAUUGUAAUUACAUUUUAUUCAGUUGAAUAAAAAGGUGUAAAAAAAAAAAAAAGAAUCUACUGAACCAGUAGAUAAGAUGUUAAACAAUGUGAGAUCCAUUAAAUUUUCAUUCGAUACUUACAAAUCUGUUCAUCGCUUUUGAUUUCUUCUGGUAGUCCCAAGGAAAAAUGUGUCUUCAAGAUGAGGUGUUUUUGCC